UAAUAAAAUCAUGUGAAUGUCCAAACUGGUAAUCCACUAAAUAAUCCAGAUGGCCUGGUAACAGAGGGACAUUCACAAGGCGAGAAGGAGACAUUCUCGGUUCAGAGUCGGAGGAAAAGACGCGCCUUCCAGCAGGGAUCAGAGUCACGUUCACACACAUGCCGGCCCAGCUGCGUCACCAGGUCUAGAAAGCCCACUCCGCUGCAGAUCAAUGGUGUCCCGCUCAGAACAAGCCAGUUCUGCAGAGAAGCCACACAGCUCCAUCAUGCCGGAGACCAUCAGCUGGGACUACACCUCCGACCAGUUCUAAGCUGCAGGACACCGGAAGUGUUCCGUCCCCUGGAACCGGAAGCGACGAACUUAGCGAUGGUUACCAUGGUGAUGGGCACGCUGCUGGGAGCCUAGUAGCGUAUCAGGACCCGGGAUCGUCAUGGAGGAAAGCGGCGAUAAUUCCUACAGCAUCAGGCCCAACUUCCAACACAAGUUUAGAGCGGCAGCAGUAAAGGACUGUAUAAGAUCUGUGCUGAAAGAAGAACUGAAAAGCAAACAGUAUAUACCUGAAGAAAUUCCACCGCUGACGCGCUUCUUGUCUGAGACAAUAAAAGACAAACUGAAAGAAAUGGGUUUUGACAGAUAUAAAAUGGUGGUGCAAGUUGUGAUCGGCGAGCAAAGAGGAGAAGGAGUUAAGAUGGCUGCUAGAUGCUUCUGGGAUGCAGAUACGGAUAACUAUGCUGAAGAUAUCUUCAUGAAUGAAUAUCUGUUUUGUGUCGCUGCUGCAUUUGGAUGUUUCUACUACUAAGAAGACCUAAGAUCUACAUUUCAUAUUGACAGAUAUUCCAAGAUCCAGAUUGAUAUUCCAUUGUAAAUAUUUUUAUUAUAUUUGUGAAAAUACAUAAUUAAAUAUUUUCGACAUGUA